AAAAGAAUGGAAAAUGGAUCUUCUGUUAGCAGGAACUUUGUUCUUCUUGGAAUUGUGGAGAUGGAAGAACUGAGAUAUCUCUACUGCAUUCUCUCCCUGAUUAUUUACAUAUGUAUAAUGGUGUUGAGCUUGGAGAUUGUGCUUGUGGUUCUGACAGAAGAAAGCCUCCAUGAGCCCAUGUACAUAUUCAUAUGUAAUCUCACCUUCAAUGGAAUGUUGGGAAGCAGCUCUUUCUUUCCCAAGCUGAUCAUUGACUUGUUGACUUCAUCCCAUCAGAUCUCACACACUGGCUGCUUUCUCCAAGUUCUUGCUAUAAUGACAUAUGCCAUUUUUGAGAUAUCUUCUUUUACAAUCAUGGCCUAUGACAGAUAUUUGGCUGUGUGUGACCCCUUGCGAUAUGCCACCAAAAUGACCAACACAAAAGCUGUCAAGCUCAUCCUGGGUUUCUUUGCCUUCUCAUUCUUCUCUGUCUUAGUUACUGUGAUUUUAUCUGCGAGACUUACUUAUUGUGGGACACAAAUCAAAAAUAUUUUUUGUGAAAACCUGUCCCUUAUUGUCUUGUCCUGUGGAGAUUCUUCUGUAAAUAGUCUGUAUGGAAUCUUAUCUACUGUUACUUUCUUGGUUUUCACCCUAUCGAUCAUUGCUUAUUCCUAUCUGAACAUCUUUAUGGUCUGUCUGAAGAUUUCCAAGGAAGCCUGUGAGAAAGCUAUUCACACUGUGGUCACCCACUUACUUGGUUUUUCUAUCUUCUUGGUUGGGGGGCUGUUUAUUUUUGUACGGUUCAGACUGGGGAACAAUAAUCUCCCUCUUUUUGCCCAAAUUAUUCUCUCUGUAACUUUUAUAGUUUUCCCUCCUCUCCUCAACCCUCUUAUAUAUGGAAUAAGGACUAAAGCAUUAAGGGUAAAAAUCUUUCAUCGCCUGCACAAAUUCAAUAUCUUAUCUGCUCACUGAACAAUGAAGUUGUCAUAUAUUGUCAAAUAAAAAACAACA